GGGAAAACAACGUCAAAAGGAUACUUACAUUUCUGUCGAAGAACUUCGAGACAUACCUAUUCCGAAUGAAUCGAGCUCUGUGGAAGCAAUUUAUGAAGAUUUGAUAAUGAAGUUGACGGAUAUUGUUACUCCUUUUUUCUUCCUGGCGUCUUUGCUUCAAAUGUCAGGAAGUAGCACAACACUACGAUGUGAAUCAUUGCUUCUUGGGCAAUACACAUGCCAAGAACCUGAGAUUGAUACAGAAACACAAAGUGCCAAGGGGUGCAGAGAAAACAGGACUGUACCGGUUCCAUGUAUGCCAGCUGAAGAAAUCAGCUGUGUUGGAUUAGAUGGAAAAGUAAUGACUUACAAUGGCACUGUAGUGGGAUUCUUGAAAGAAAAGCCUUGCAGAUGGACCAACGGAUACUCAUUUGAAACCUCCCUGCUCUUAUCUAUUUUUCUUGGGAUGUUUGGAAUUGACAGAUUCUAUCUAGGAUAUCCAGCUAUUGGUUUACUGAAAUUUUCUACUUUGGGAUUUUUCUUCCUAGGACAACUAGUAGAUAUUUUACUGAUUGCCACUCAGGUCGUAACUCCAUCAGAUGGAUCAGACUAUAUCAUUGACUACUACGGAGCAGGUUUGACGAAGAUAGUCAUGGACAAAUUCACAUUCGUUAAACCUCCAGACACUUAAUUCAUCCUUCAGUGAAACUAACAAUGUAAUUAUUUCAUUGAAAUCCAAUACAAUUUACUGGGUGGAACUUUAUUGAAGGUUUUUUUUGUUGUUAUAAAGUUGCUGACAUUUAUGUAUAAAACAUUAUUUAUAA